CAGUGGUCUCUCCCCCAACUUAUUUUCCCGCGUCCGUGGUGCAUAUUGAUCUCCCUCCCGUUUAAAUUUCAACCUCUCCCCGAUCGCAAAUCACAUAUCGGAGCUUCUAACCACCGCUUCCGCUUACUAGAGCGCCGUUCCGGAUACAAUGAGUCAGUGUCGGAGUUUUGGGAGUAAUUACCAUCCGAGUAGUCAAUCCAGGAAGGUGUCUAUAGGGAUUGUGGUGGAUCAGUUUGCAAAAAAGCCUAGUGACAUAAGAGAAUAUGGUGCUGUGCCGUUUACAGGGAAUCUGGGCUCUAGCAAAGAGAAUACUAAUGAAGAAACGCGCAAGAAUGGGAAGGGCAAAGAUGCAGGUAAAGAAAAGGAGAGUGAGGCUGCAGUGCAUGAGGCUUCCCUGUUGGUUGCCACUCCAACCGGAGUUUUUGAUCCAAAACAGGGUCAGAGAUACAAUGUUCCAAACAAUUCACCGAAAAACACCAGGAAAUUUAAUUCCAGUCAAAUGUCGGUUUUAAAGUCUGAUGAUGGACAGCAAAAGAAGUUUGGCAGUGUUACUUAUGGCAAGAAGGGACAGAGAGAUGGUAGCUCUAACAGGGUUGAGGAAGUUUCAUUUGCAAUUGGUCAAAAAUUAAAAGAUCCAGUUGAAGAAGUGGUGCUGGAGAAACCCGUGUAUACAGAAAAACAGGGACAUGAAGCUUUACGGAUGAAGAUUUGGGAAGCGUUGGCAGCUGUUUCAACACCAACCAAGGAAUUAUCCAACUCUCAGACUAAAAACAAUUGCACUGAUAAUUUAGAGCCAGAACAGAAAAGUGAUGAAAAGAAAAGUUCUGCUGUUAAGCCCAGACAGAAUUCUGAUACAAUAGAAAGUGAUUCUGACGGUCCGAGUCAUACCAUGAAGAGGCCAGUGACACGAUCUUUAACUCGGAAGAGACCUACUAAAGUCCAACAACACAAGACCACAAAUGCACCUUCAUCUAGUGAUAGACAUAAGCAGAUAGAAAAAACUACAUUCUUUUUUAAUGAAGGAUUGUCUAGGAGAACUACUUCUGCUACCAUUGGCGGUUCUUCUGGUUCCAGGGGCAGAAAGAAAAACUGUUCCACAAUUGAACCACGCAAGUUGCAUUUUCCUAAAAGCAGCAAUGCAUCUGAGACUUUCCAUGUAACUGAUACUGGGUAUAUGGAAGAUCAUAUUGACAGUUCAUCUGGAUUCAAAAAAGGUACUGGUAGACACUCUUACCAAUUCCCAUUUAUUGAGAAGACUGAUAAGCCGGGUGGUAAUUUUGAAUCAAUAUUUCCAAAAAGUGUGGAUGAACAAGUGGAUGGUAUCGGUCCAUCACUGAGGAACAAUGGAGAGCCUCAUUUUGAUUUUAACAGUCCUACGCACAGAGUAAACACCCCCACAGAAACCUGUUUUGGUGGCUUGUCUCCAAAUAAUAAACAAGGAGAUCAGGAGGAUGUCUAUAGUCCUAUGAAGGGAAUAAUUAAUAUGGAAAAUAUCCGGAGCUUUAAGAGUUUCUAUGCUUCAGAUCCAAAUAGCAAGAAAAGCAACGAAGCAAAAGAGAUAUCUGAGGAUGAAGUAGAGCAAGAAGACUUUUCUUCAGAGCCUCAGUUUAAUUUCAAACCUCCAACGCUUGGUUUGCAACCUCCUGCAGAAUCUUGUUUUGGAGGCUCGUCAUUAAAAACUAACCAGGGGAAACAGGAGGAUGUCAAUAGACCUACGAAGGUAGUAUACAACAUGAAAAAUAUUCGAAGAUUCAGUAAUUUCUUUGCUUCAAAAUCGGACAGUAACAAAGAGAACAAGAAAACAGAAGUAUCUGAUGAUGAGGUAGAGCAUGAAAAUUCUCCUGUAGAGCCUCGGUUUGAUUUCAAAAGUCAUACACUUGGAAUGAACACCCCCACAAAAACCUGUUUUGAUGGCUUCUCGCCAAUAAAUGACCAGGGAAAACAGGAGGAUGUAUGUAGUCCUAUGAAGGGAGUACUUCAGAGUGGAAAAUUCCCGCGGUUUCAGAACUUCUUUGCUUCACAGCCAGAAAGUAACGAGAACAAAAAAAGAGAAAUAUCUGAUGAUGAGGUAGAGCAGGAAGAAUCUCCUGUUGAGAAAUCACUUCCCAGCCAGAAAGUAAUGAACACAGCCAACAUUCUUUCUACACCGUCAUCUGAAGAAGAUGGUUCUGAAAGCUCUGAUGAAGGUCCAAGUGAAGCUGAAACACCAGAAAUUGCUACAGCUCAGCAACCAGAAAUUCUAUUCCAUCCAACUAAGAGAUGUCGGCUCAAUGAUGGUGCUGAUGCUACCGUAUACAGUCCCCCAUCUUCUCCAAAAGUGUCUGAAAACUUCUAUGAGCUUCCCUCUGAAAUGAAUGAAGAGGAUGGGCUGGCUAGAGCUGUUUCUUUGUUUGCUAUGGUUUUGAAACGAGUUAAAAGCAAGAUGAAGUCUGUAGCUAACAGAAGAUCUGCGGAAAUUUUGACUUCUGUUGCCACGGAAAUGCAUCUACAGUUGCAGAAUGCUGAAUCUCAGAUCCAAACUGAUUUGUGGAAGCUAAGUGGCAUUGGUAAAACAAAAAGGAGACGUCUAGAGAUUAGAUUCCAAGAGCAACAGGAACAACUCAAAGGCAUAUACGAAAGGUUCAGAAAUGAGGUUAAUAUGCAUCUUCAGGAUUGCCGAAGUACUUUUGAAGAGUUGGAAUCACAGCAGACAGAGUUUAGAGAUAUUGUUGAGAAACAAAAAGCAUCACAUGGUAAACUUAUGUUGGAAGCGGAACAAGCAAUCAAAACCCAACUUGAUGGUGCUGAAAGAAGAAUAACGACGGUCCACAAGUCGGCAAGGCAAAAGAUGCUUCAACUGAGAUAUGUGAUAGCAGAGUGUCUAAAAGAGGACGUCCUCUACUAAUGUGUAUAGCCUAUUGGUUUUGAGCAACAUCGAGAUGAUGCCAGGAGUUGGUGAAGAGCCUGAAAGUUUUAGUUGAACCUAAGAACUUAAUUGUAUAGUUAAAAGUAACAGCUUUAGACUUGGCUCAUUUUUUCUUAUGUCAACGCGUACAUUGUUCUUCAACCUGGCCACAUAUAUCUCCUGGGCUGUUACAUAAGCCUUCGUAGUCUCUGGUCACCUCAACAUAUAUAUCUUUACAGUUUAUAUAUUAAUAGCUACUCCACUUGAGAAGUUCUGUAUUAUGCUUUUUGACACCUUUUGUAAAUCUGACCAGAGAAUGCAUCAAGGUGCAUUUAUUAUGAUCUAGUUCUCUGCUGUUGAUGCUUUUGCGUAAAUAGCUAUUACAAA